AUGGAUAAGAAUAGCAACACAUUUGAUGCUAGCAAUAAGCAGCUCAACGCUGUGAAGGAGUGCAAGGAACUCAAGAAAUGCAAGAAAGAUGUUGAGGUAGUUGACCUCAGCUCCAAUCUUAUUGUCUCAAUGAAGGGACUUGACGGAUUCAACAAGCUUAGAGUUCUUAACUUGGAUCAUAAUUUCCUUGUCAAUUUGGAUAAUAUGCCCAGUUUCUCAAAGCUUGAUACUAUCAGUUUGAAUUAUAACAGACUUAAUGAUCUUUCAAAUGUAGUGAAACAUCUUGCGAAGAGGUCUCCUAAAAUAUUGCAUCUCAGCUUGCUUAAGAAUCCAAUAAAUCCUGGUCCAGAGAAUGAGUCAAAAUAUGAAGCAUUCAGAAAAACUUUCAGGAAGAGUUUCAAGAAGCUACUCAGUCUUGAUGGAGCUGAUUUCGAUGGGAGUAGUAUUGUUCUUCCAGGCGUUCUCUCCUCCAAGUCUCAGGGUUUAACUCCUAUCCUUGAAGAGAGUAAAGCAAGAGCAACGAAUUAUGAUCCUCAUAAGGCACUUGAGAGUGGUGGUGUGAAGAGAGGAAAAUCUAGCACUCUUGCUGUCACCUCAAAGGGAAAAGGAAAGCUUACUUACAAUCAUAAGGCUUACAAGAAGUACAACUCCACCAGAUCCCUAGCAGAUAGAAUCCUCAAGAGUAACUCAGAAGGAAAUAGGUUCAUUAAGAAUGAUGAUUUGUAG